AUGGCCGAAGAACCCCAACCCUCGAACAUCCAGGAAGGCGCCGACCUGGAGCCCGUCCCCGCCAACGCCGAAGACCGCAAAGCCGCCCAGGCCCUGUCCUCGCUCAACGCCAAAAGCGACGAGGAUGCCUCGGGACCCAAGAAAGAAGUCGACGUCAAGGCUCUCGGCGAGGCCAUGCGGAAUCUGGAAUUGGCGCAAGGCACCACCGGCACCGGCGGCGCCGGGAGCAAUAAGAAGCCCGAAGCGAAGAAAGAGCAGGAAGCGCCGAAGAAGUUGAUCAAGGUGGAUGCGGCGGAUGUGGCGUUGCUGGUGGAGCAGUUGGACUUGUCGAAGCCCAGGGCUACCGAGUUGCUGCGAGCGCAUGAUGCCGAUGCCCUCAAGGCUAUGAAGUCGUGGGUAUCGGCUGCCGUCUGA